AAGCUGGGCCUCUAUGGGACUCUCCAAAACACAGCUCUGACCACCAUCUCCUUGAGAACAGGGUAAGUCCAAGAGCACUUCUCCCGCCCCACACCUGGGUCUUCUUCAGACCCCUGUGCCUGCGGCACAGCCACACGCUGCUGUGUGACACUAUCUGCACUCUUGCAGAGCUCCAUCCCAUCACACCAAGAUGUCUUGCUACGACCUGUGCCCACCAAAAACCAGCGUUGCCGUGCCCCAGCCCAUCGCUGAGAGCUGCAACGAGCUGUGCGCGCGCCAGUGCCCCGACUCAACGGCCUUCAUCCAGCCACCGCCCGUCGUCGUCACCUUCCCCGGCCCCAUUCUCAGCUCCUUCCCCAGCAAGCCGUGGUGGGGCUCCUCUGGAGCACCCGCCUUUGGGGGGUCCCCUGGGGGGCUGGGGGGCCUCUACGGCGCUGGGGCCACUCAGGGCUCGGGAGGCCUCUGCACCUUUGGCAGACCCUACGCUUCUCCUGCCUGCAGCCCCUGCCCCUUGCCCCGCUACAGCAGGAAGCUCUGCAACACCUGUGGGCCCUGCUAAACCCAGCCGCAAGACUCCUCUCCUCUUCCUUCCUCAUUCUCCGUGCUGAUCUGUGAUGCCCACUUUGUCUUUUA